AUGACCAACGCCAGGUUCUUCAGUGGCGACUUCAGCAGCGUGGCUCCUGUGGGAAGCGCCCGCCCGCAGGUGGCCCGUGCCACGGGCAGCGGGAGGGCAGAGUCGCAGGGUAGUGGUGAGGGGGCGGGUUUGGAGCGGAAGACGCGAGGCAGUCGGGGCGGAUCAGCAAAGCGACGCAAAGCAGGCAAGCCUGGAGUGGGUGGUUGGGAUGGGGCCAUCUCUGUGCUGGGGGCGUUGGAGAUCUAUUCAGGUGAAGGGACUACGUCUGAAGAGGAGGAAGAGGAAGCUGAGGAGGAGGAUGAAACAGAGGAGGAGACGGAUGAGGAAGAAGAGUACGAAGAGGAGGACGAGGAGGAGGAAGAGGGAGGAGAGGAAGACGAGGAGGAGGAGGGGAGUGAAGGCGAGGGAGGGGAAUCAGAGGAGAAGGGAAGUGAUGAGGCCAAGGGGGAGGGUUGUGGGCACGCGGAUGUGGGAACGGGUGAUUCUGAAGACACCCAAAUCCCCACGCCAUGGGGUCCCGUGGACCUCGAAUGCAUGCCUGGUUGGAUGAUUUCUGCUUUGGAAGAUUACGAAGAGGGACAGGAGGAGGAGGAGGAAGCGGAGGAGGAGGAGGAGGAGGAGGAGGAGGAGGAAGGAGAAGAGGGGGGAGGAGAGGAGGGAGGAGCAGGGGAAGCAGGAGCGAAUCAGCCGACCGCAGCUCGCACCACCAAAACCAAUGCGGAGGGUCGCAGCGGCAAGAAAUCGCCAUUCUCCUCCUUCCCAUCGCAUGCAAUGCGCUGCUGCGACGACCCAGGCUACCAGCAGCGCGCCGCAGCGCGCAGGGAGAAAGCGAAGCAGGAAGCUCUGGAGCGACUUGUGUUCCAGCUGGGUCUGAUGGCAGAGCUGGGGCUCAUAAAGCCUCUGACCAUCUCCACGGAACAGCUGCUGGCGAACUGGGGCUUGAGCCAGGCGCAUGUUGAUGCGUGGGAUGAGGAGAUGGGGCGGAAGAGGAAGGACAGGGGAGGGGGUGCCAGUGGUGGGGCGCCAGGGGGGAUGGGGGUGGGAGGGAGUGGUGGGUCGGUGGGUGCUGGUGAAGGUGUGGGGGGUGCUGGUGAAGGAGUGGGGGGUGGUGAGGGGAAUGCAGCAGGGGAGGGGAGCGGUAACAAGCGUAAAAUUGGGCAAGCGGGUAUCCUGGUGGGGGAAGAGAACAGGAGUGCGUUGAAGAGGUUCCAUGACCGGGUGGAGGAGAUGGUGGAUCUGGAAUGGAACGACCCCACUGCUUUCGCCAACGGUCGUAACUACGCCGAUGCUGUUAAGGACAACGAGCGGUGGGGUAACACGCCGCGUAACACGGGGUUUCGCAUUGGCCGGUGCUUGGACCCGUUUGCUCCUCUGAAGCCGGGAGAGAUGCUUCCGGAGCAUCUGAGGACGGACCUUACCCCGGGUGAUCUGAGGCGCCGCAGGGAGGAGCUGUUUGGCCUGCAGGGCUUUGACUGGGGUGCGUUCCGGGAAGAGGCUGAGGAGGAGGUGAGGAGGAAGGGCGAGGAGGAGGAGAGGAGGAAGGCUGAGGGAGAGAGGGUUGAGAGAGAGGAGGUUGAGGGGGAGGAGGCUUCUGAGGGUGGUGGCGAGGCGGGUACUGCAGGCGAGGGGCCUGACUGGGCUGCACUGAGUGCGAGGGCGAGUGCAGUGAUGGCACGGGCGAGGGAGGUGGGGAAGAGGAUGGAAGGAGGUGGGGGGGUGGGGGGUAGUGGUGCUGGUGGUGGGUUCGGGGUGGAGGAGUGA